AUGCCUUGCUUAUUAUUGUCAUCCACCUCUCAAGCUGUCACACCAACGCCACUGAACAUCAACGGCUCGGCCACAGAAGGGAGUUCGGCCACGCUUGUACAAAACAAUGGCAAAUCUGAGCGUAAUCGAGCCUUUGGGAAGACUUUCCUUACCCGACCAAUAUGUGUACAGUCGUUUACCACUAAAACUCUACAAAAUCAUCUGGCUGUAUCCGAUAGCUGCGGAGGAGUUUAUAUCACUGAUGUGGAGGGAAAUAUCAAAGAGCAUCUACCUAUCGAUACCCUGGGUUAUCUUCUAGGAGUUUAUAUCACCGAUGUGGAGGGGAAUAUCAAAGAGCAUGUGCUUGUAAAGAACUCAUCCGCUAGUUCUGUAGCUAUUGAUGAGAAGAGAGUUUAUAUCACUGAUGUGGAGGGAAAUAUCAAAGAACAUGUGCUUGUAAAGAACUCAUCCGCUAGUUCUGUAGCUAUUGAUGAGAAGAGUGAUGUGAUGUACGUAAGCAUAAUGCAAUCUAAAGGCCGUUCCGUUCACGUUUUUGACAUUGCAAAUGGUUUUAAGAAACUAGACAUAAUUGUAUGCCCGAAGGAUCCCAAAAUAGAAAUGAGCAGAACACGAUGGCUCACGGUUGGCCCACGCGGCCAACUGUUCAUGGUCAGCGGCGACAAUGCAAAGAGCGCCUUA